AUGAUCGGCGCCGUUUGCUUAUCCCCGGUGUCAGAUGGGGUUUGCCUCUUCACGGAGUCGUGUCCGCCAAACAAAACCUUGCUGUCCACCUCUCUAUUGCGCUUGGCCUCUCUCACUGGAAUCCCACUGGCUGAUGAAGCCCAGAAAAGCAAAAUUGGACAUCUGCCUGCGCACAGGUGCCGCAAAUGGCUCAGGUCACACCUCACAUCGCUUUCGCCAGUCUGCCAGUGGACCCUCAAGCAUCUUGACAACCCCCACCCCCAGUCCCCGCAAGGCCGUGAGUGCCAUGCUACACAAAUACAAAGUCAGGAGGUCUUCUCCGGUGUUACUGGCAAGUUAUUCUGA